UUUUUAUUUGAAUUUAAAUUCGAUUUCGCUCUUUUAUUACAUUUCAGCAAUGUUUUCUCGGUUAUCGCCCUUGCAGCGUCCACUCUUUAACAAACAAGCCUUACUACGUUGCACCUAUGCGAUAUGGGCGAUGGAAGUCAUUGGAGGCACCUGCGCACUCCUCUACUACCUCGAUCUACACACCGACUACCUUAAACCCACGAUCACGCCCUUAACUCCCACAAAAUACACUCCCCUCAAACUCAUAUCCACAACCCCAUUGACGCCGGACACGACGCGGUUCCGGUUUGAAACCAAGCGACCAAGGUUCGACGGAGAGCUGGAGAAAGAGGCAGACGGCGUGAUGGCCCAGGGUGCGUGGGCAGUGGACGUGAAGGACCAUUUGGUGCAAACAUACAGGACAUACACGCCCGUGGAAUACCAUAUGGGCACGGAGGUGGAUGAGGAGACAGGUGCGCGCACAGGGUACUUGGACCUGAUCGUCAAGCGAUACCCUAGGGGCAGCCUUUCCCGAUUCAUCCACGGCACGCGUGUAGGCACCACCGUGGAGAUGCGUGGCCCGCUGCCUGUGUGGCCGUAUAAGGAGAAGACGUAUAGGAAUAUUUAUAUGGUUGCUGGCGGCACGGGGAUCGCACCGAUGUACCAGAUCAUUCACGAUGUCUUGCUCGAUUCCGAAUCAACCACCAGGAUUUUGCUUUUGUACGGAUCGCGCUCGGAGGAGGAUAUCAUUAUGCGUGAAGACCUAGAUCAGCUGAAGGAAAAGUACGGGGACAGGCUCCGCAUAGAGUACCUGGUCGAGCAGAAGCAGAGGCAGGAUAAGGAGGGUGCUGGAGCGGUGGUCGUAGGGGUCCCCGAUCGCCGGGUGCUUGGCCGCUUUACUGCCGAGUUCAAUAGCGAAAAAGACGUGGUUCUGGUGUGUGGGCCUGGUGCCAUGAUGAAUGCCGUGUGCGGAGCUCGGCCGAUCGCGGGCGGCGGAAUUAACGCCCAGGGCCCCUUGCGCGGCGCAUUGGCUGAUCUGGGCUUUGCGCCCGAAUCCGUCUUCAAGUUCUAAAGAAUAAAAAUAAUUUUC